AUGGUUUUUGCACAAUUUCAUAGGACCCUAGAUCUUAGCAUACGGAUACUCUGGCUCGUAUUAACCAUAAGCGCGUUCGCGGGCGCAGUGUACUGUGCGCUUAACCAGCUCGCCAGGUACAACUCUGAACCGGUGGUGGUUUCUUUGCAAAGAGAUUAUAGAGGUUGGUCGACGGCUUUCCCAGCUGUCACCGCGUGCUUCUUGGAGAGAAUAGAUCCCGAUAAAGCCAAAGAAGUCAUCGCACGAUUAUGGAAUGUAACAGAAGAGUCAGACGGCGAGAAGUACCAAUACUACUAUGAGUUCGUAGAACUCAUCGCAGAGAUCUCGUUCCGCGGCAACCUGCAGAACUUCUGGAAGUACCAGGCGGAUGACUCCGUCAAUAACAUCGACCUUCUGCAGCUGGCGGUGCAGUGGAUGACGGUCAUGACGGAGGAGGGUCUCUGCCAGACCUUCAACGCGGAGUACGCUAAAUACCAGAUAGUAGACGACGCGGCGUGGAGGAGCCAGGAGCUGAUGAAGUGCCAUUACCACAGCGAGGCGUGCUAUGUGCAGAUCGAUACUUCGGAGAAUGGGAUCCGGUAUUUCGUACACUCGCCCUUCGAAAUAGCAACAGCUAUAUCCAAUCCAACAGGUGAAGUGCUGCCUGGUGAAGAACUGGACACAGAUUUCAAGGUAUCUACACACAUAAUAGCUGUACAGAGCCAUGAUAAACCAGUGGAUGUGUCUGUCUUCGAUCCGGAGGGUGUGGUUGAAAUAGAAGCAUCCGACCGGAUCAAAAGCUUGCGAUCUGAACAACGUCGGUGCAGAUACCCUGAGGAGUGGGUCGGUGGCUCUAUUAAAGUGGUUGAAAUAGAAGCAUCCGACCGGAUCAAAAGCUUGCGAUCUGAACAACGUCGGUGCAGAUACCCCGAGGAGUGGGUCGGUGGCUCUAUUAAAGUAAGUACACUAAUGAGGCAUCUUUUCUGCUUAUGA